ACAGGUGCAGCCGCAGGUAUAAAAGUGUGAAUCAUCUGGUUCUCAGAGAUUUUUCACACACUCACAUCAGCCUGAGGAUGAGGAAUAUGCUUCAUCACUGGAACAUGGAUCUGAGGGGUAUCGUGGCAGUGUUUGCCUGUCUGUCCCUCGGCAAGUGCACUCACACGGCCGAGUUUCACACCUCGCCGUCAGGGCUGCUGUCCAAUGACACCGAUUCCCUCUUGGUGGCACCAUUGGGGCCCGUGGUGGAGCCCGAUAUGUCUUACUGUCAGAUGAUUCUGGAAGCUCCGGUUCCGCCCACAGCCGAUCAGGUACCGUGGUACUGCAUCUGCUCCGCCUGCUCUGCACAAAAAUCCCAGAAGGGAGAGAAAGGCGGCCGUGGGCUACCAGGGAGUCCUGGUAGUCCUGGUCCAAGAGGACUCACUGGGUUUACCGGUCGCCCAGGACCAACGGGACGUCCUGGCAUUAAAGGUGAGAAAGGUGAAAUAGGGGACAAGGGUGAAAUUGGUCCCAUUGGACGCCUUGGGCUGAAGGGAGACAGAGGCUUCAAAGGCGAUAAGGGUGAAUCUGGUCUGGACGGGCCUGUGGGUCAACAGGGUCCAAAAGGAGAGGACGGUCAGUGCCAUGAAACCUGCGAGCCCGUUCCCGGAGCGCCAGGUGAAGCGGGUCUCCCUGGCCCAGCGGGAGCGCGGGGGUUACCCGGGCUAAACGGAGAGUCUGGUCCAAAGGGGCAAAAGGGAGAUCCGGGCGUGAUUGGUGCUCCUGGCGACGAAGGUGUACCGGGUAAAAAGGGUGACCAGGGUCCAGAGGGCAUGUGCAACUGCAAUGAUGGAGCUCCAGGAACCCAGGGUCCUCAGGGGGAAAAGGGUGAAAAGGGAGUCACGGGUGUGACAGGGCCGCAGGGUUCGAGUGGAACCACUGGACCCCAAGGUAACCAAGGCGAGAUGGGAAUGCCGGGUAUGCCCGGCCCGUGCUCGCCCGCCGUGCAGUCGGCUUUCUCAGCCACCCUGACCAUCUCCUACCCAGCGCCCAAUCGCCCGGUGCCGUUCAGACGCGUCAUCUACAAUCAGAACCAAAACUACAACCCUGAAAACGGUGUCUACAUGGCCCCUGUGAACGGAACCUACGUGUUUAGCUACCACCUGCAGGUGUCCGUCCGCCCGCUGAAGGUGGGACUCUUCCACAACUUCGAGCCUGUGAUAAAGACGACCACGCCUAUUGAGAUGAACACGGCAUCGCAUCAGGUGGUGAUGGGUCUGAUCCAGGGCGACUGGGUGUGGGUGCAGGUGCGAGACACCAACACUAACGGCAUGUUCACCGGGACGGAGUCAAGCAGCACGUUCAGCGGCUUUCUGCUGCAUCCAGACAACUGCGAUGACAUGGCGUCGAGAGAUUUCAUUUUCGAUCAACAAAUCACCGGAGACUUCAACUGGGGCAACACAGAUGAACCAAACCCCUACACCACCAUACAUCCUAAAACUGCACCCUAAACCCACAUUCUCCAUCUGCAGUUCUUAAUCCUGCUUCUGGGAAUCCACAGCAACCCUUAAGAAAGAAAAAUUACAGAUGAUUAAAUGGAGAGCAGAUGGAUGCUUAGGUCUCCUGCGUCUCAGAUAUUUCUCCUGAAAAAAGAGGCAGAAAUCUCCCAUUAGAGUUUCAGAAGAGAUGCCAACAAUGUGUCAAACUGAGCUCAGAUAUGGCAAAUCUGCAAUCAAAAGUCAAUAUGAUUGAAGAAUUUAUCAUCAAAUGUACUCAAAUCCAGAUUAUUUCACCUCUAGAAUCUAUAUUCAUCCACCUCUAUACUUUUCUAAUCUAUUUUUCACAAGCAUUUUUAAUUGACCCUUAUAUGAAACAUUUUUCAAUUGGAAUGAAUGUUCUGUGUCCCAUUUUUUAUUUAAUGACCAGCUGUUGGUAGACAUUCAUGAACUGAACCGAUCCGUUAAGAGACAUAGAAAAUCUAAAUGGCUUUGGAUUGCCAGAUCCAGAAUUAAGAAUCACUCUUUUCCACACCUUUAUCUACACCCAAAACCUGUAAAAGAUCUUUAAUCCUGUCGCUAUAAUAGUAGGUUGUAGAUGUAAAGGAAGACCUUUCUCUCAUGUUUUAAAUGAAAAUGUUUUCCAACUGAAUGCGUUUGGCAUCUAUUAACACUUUGUCAUUUAAUGUGAUUUUUUUUUUUGUGGUCGAGAAGACCAGCUUACAGUCCCACACUCGUGAAAAACUAAAAACAAGUAGCAAAGCACCAGACGUUCCAUCACCAUCUAAAUUAUUCAAUGGAGAUUCAGGAUGAACUGGUUGUGAUAGUGUGAGGGGGAGAGAGAGCGAGAGAGAGCGAGAGAGAGUGAGAGAGAGAGAGAGGGGGGGGGGCUUUUGUCUUGCACGCUACAAUGUCGUAAAACAACCCAAGACGAUCUAAUUGCAGAAAAUAACAGCAUGUCUAAAUGUUAAGUGAUAGCACAACACAAUAACGUGACACAACACAAUCCUGAUCAUGUUCUGUGUAUUGAUUAUGCUUUCAAAGAUAAUUCCAAUAAAUUUGUAAACUAUUA